UGAAAGCCAGCUAGCGCUCCAUGGAAACAGAACUGGGGCGGAAACAGCGGAUCACCGUGCGGUCCUCCCCCGGGAUGUUAAAUUGUUUUGGUGAAAGCAGAUCUGUUUUUGUCUGUUGAGACGCCCCGUUAAUCCGGUGACAGUGACUGUUGCCCCCCCACACACACACACGCACACGCACGCACACGCGGAGGAAAAGCGUUCAGCACCAUGGACAGAAGCCACGCCGCCCUGACCUUCCUCACUGCUUUUCCGGCCUCUUUCGCCUCCAUCUGUGCUUUCAUGAAUGCUAAAAAUAAAUUAAAGUUCCACAAUCUGCAGGAGCUGAGGCACAGUGCAUCUCUGGCUAAUAAAGUCUUCAUCCAGAGAGACUACAGCGAAGGAACCACCUGCAAGUUUCAGACCAAGUUCCCCUCUGAGCUGGAGAGCAGGAUUGAGCGGACACUGUUUGAGGACACUGUGAAGACGCUGAAUAACUACUACGCAGAGGCAGAAAAGAUAGGAGGCCAGUCCUACCUGGAGGGGUGUCUGGCCUGUGCUACAGCAUAUCUCAUCUUCCUCUGCAUGGAGACACGCUAUGAGAAGGUGUUGAAGAAGAUAGCUAAGUACAUUCAGGAGCAGAAUGAGAAGAUCUAUGCUCCCAGAGGGCUGCUCAUCACAGAUCCCAUAGAAAGGGGAAUGCGUGUCAUAGAGAUUUCCAUCUAUGAAGACCGGGGCUCCAGUGGCUCCAGCUCAGGGAGCAGCUCUGUGUCCGGCAGCACUGCUCGAUGACUGGGUACAAGCGUGUCCCCCUGAUCACUCACAACCCUGGAGGAAAACUGAGGACAAUGAUACAGCUACUGUUCCAACACUUAGCCCAUACAUCCCAAAGCUACGCUCACACAAAGGAUUCGCUAGAUUUUAACAAAGAGAGGCAUGUGGCUCCUGACGUGCCAAGACUUGCUAAAGUUGUUCAAGCUUUUUUUCACAGUGAACGCUUAAUACACACACUUUAGUAGUUUGUUGCAAAGCAAUGUGCAUGCGCCGACACAGUCAUGGUACUGUAGGAUGCAAUGUCUCAGAGAAAAGAAAAAAACAACACCAAAACAUUUAGCUAGUACUGCUUUGUGUGAUUGUACCAUGACCUUCCUUCCUGUCCUCUUUGAAGUUACCACAGCUAUGCGUAAUCUGGUGCGUGAGAAAAGGAUAGAAGGAUGUAAGGAAAAAGAGGGAGGAGUGUGGAAGUGUAGAGGCAGGAGUGAAGACCACAAGCCUCACCAAACCUCAUACCUCAGCCACCACAGUUGCACCAUGCAGCUCACAUCAGCCACAACGGCACCCCGAUCACACUAGACCAACCAGGAAACUGGACUGAACUCAUCACCAUCAACCCUGCACACCAGACACUGGCUUUUAAAAAUGUUAUCUGCAGCUCUGUCUUGAGUUUCAAGUACUUGAACAGGGAAUCACAAAGUUUCACCUCCCCACAGCCCAGAUAAACUGUACAAAGAUCCUCUUCCUCCUUCACCUCUGAUGUAAAUCAUGCUGUCUGGUAGCAGAUGAAUGUCAUUCAGCCCAUCCAUGUAUAUUAUGUAGCAGAUCUUCCAUAUUUCUCACGUGAAGCCUAUAUUUUAUUUGGUUGACACACAAAUACAGACACUUGCACAAAUUUAAGUACUAACCUCUUGGUUUCAAUGAGUGAGACCAACUCUUCCUAAAUUUUGAUUAUGCAAAGACAUAUUGUGCAUUAAAUGCAGUAGUAAGUAGACAAAGGAUGGGUCAAAAAGUCUUCCUGAAUCUUAACCCAUAGUGUUUUAAAAUACACCAACCCUUCCUUGAUUUCUGAACGAACUUCCAAAGAACAAUAACCGCCAAAAACUGGCUCGCAAAUGUGAAUGUGUCUUUUAUUUUGGUGACAUUUUGUGCAAGAACAAACUUUCGUACUGCUUGUUGUUUGAUACACAUGGCAAUGAGGUAUAUAUGACUGAUGUCAAAUAAAUACUGUUUCAUCACAGCUGCA